CUGGAAGUCGAACUAGCCAUUGCUCGCUUAAUAUAUACUCUCAGUUCUAGUUCCAGCAUGUCGAGCAACUAGUGGUCUGGCUGGCCUCUCCCGUGAAUUCGCCAGCAUCUCGCUCCCGCUCCGAAUCCCCUUCCCACAUCUCCUUCUCCUUGAACGCUCGCGCGCUCUUGACCACCUUCUUGCUCCCCCGACGUCGCAUAUUUCCCCUAAUACCUCGCCAUGGCGUCGGCUAUUUUCUUCCUUGACCUGAAGGGCAAGACCCUUCUAGCCCGGAACUAUCGCGGAGACAUUCCUAUGUCCGCGGUCGAGAAAUUCCCCAUCCUCCUCAGCGACGCCGAAGAAGAAAGCUCCGCCGUCGCCCCCUGCUUCUCCCACGAGGGAAUCAAUUACCUCUACAUCCGUCACAGCAACCUCUAUAUCUUGGCUCUCACCAAGAAGAACACCAAUGCCACCGAAAUCCUCCUCUUCCUACAUAAGAUCGUCGAGGUCUUCACAGAAUAUUUCAAAGUGCUGGAGGAAGAAAGUAUCCGAGACAACUUCGUCAUUAUCUAUGAGCUGCUCGAUGAGAUGAUGGACUUUGGAUACCCGCAAACCACGGAGAGCAAGAUAUUGCAAGAAUACAUUACACAAGAAUCACACAAGCUCGAGGUUCAAGCCCGACCACCCAUUGCGGUCACCAAUGCCGUCUCCUGGCGAAGCGAGGGUAUCCGCUACCGCAAGAACGAAGUCUUCCUCGAUGUUGUCGAGUCCCUCAAUCUCCUUGUCUCCGCGUCUGGUAACGUGCUGCGAUCGGAGAUUCUGGGCGCUAUCAAGAUGAAGUGCUACUUGAGUGGAAUGCCGGAGUUGCGACUGGGUUUGAACGACAAGGUCAUGUUUGAGACGACGGGCCGUGCCACCCGCGGCAAGGCCGUGGAGAUGGAGGAUGUCAAGUUCCAUCAGUGUGUCCGACUCUCGCGUUUCGAGAACGACCGCACCAUUAGCUUCAUCCCUCCGGACGGAGAGUUUGAGCUCAUGAGCUACCGGCUGAACACGCAAGUGAAGCCGUUGAUCUGGGUGGAGUGUCUUGUUGAGUCUCACUCUGGUUCUCGCAUGGAAUACAUGUUGAAGGCCAAAGCACAGUUCAAGCGCCGCAGCACAGCCAACAAUGUAGAGAUUCUCGUUCCUGUCCCAGAAGAUGCCGACUCGCCGCGUUUCCGCACUAACAUCGGAACCGUCCACUACGCCCCCGAGAAGUCGGCAAUCAUCUGGAAGAUCAAGCAAUUUGGCGGCGGCAAGGAGUUCCUGAUGCGCGCCGAAUUGGGUCUUCCCUCCGUCAAGGGCGACGACGAGCACGGCGGUGGCAUGACCGGAGGCUUCGGAGGUAGCAUGGGUGGCACCGGCCAAGGCAAGGCCAAGCGGCCGAUCAAUGUCAAGUUCGAGAUCCCCUACUUUACCACCAGUGGUAUCCAAGUACGGUACUUGAAGAUCACAGAACCCAAGCUACAAUACCCCUCUCUCCCUUGGGUACGAUAUAUAACCCAGUCGGGCGACAUCGCCGUCCGCAUGCCAGAUGUACAAUGAUGUAUAGCGUCUCUUCCCGUUCCUUCCCUCACCACCUCGUCUU